UAAAUAAAUACAGUAGCAUUUAAUUUGCAGAUCCCGCGCAAAAUACAAAGCCCCCAAAGUCAUAAACCAAACUCCUUAACUCCCCGCCCAGCCUCUUCACAAAACACAAAAAAGAAGAACCUGUAUCUCACAAACCCAUCGCCGCCACCACCACCACCAUGGCCACCACCGCCACGGCCACCACUGCCACAACCACAGGUCCGCUAAGCGACACAGAUAUAAUACGCCUAGCUUCCCAGCACCACCAUGCCCAAACACAGACACAAACACCCCUUCCUUCCUAUUUACUCUCCCUUGACUCUCACCCCAAACUCCUUUCCUUCCUCCACGCUCGCGCCUCUUCUCCCUCUCCUUCUCUCGCCGUCUCCGACUACACUCUUUCCCUCCUCUCCCUCAUUUCCCUUUCCCCUCACACUCCUUCCCUCUCUUCCCUCCUCUCCUCUCUCCUCUCCUCCUACACUCACCUCUUCGCUUCUCUUCUCAUUCCCCACGACUCCAACUCCCUCAAAACCAUACAAUUCUUUGUCUCCCUCCUCCACCACAUACCCGUUACUUCUCUCGAAGCAGUUGUCGAUUCCAUUCUCUCCUAUUUGCCUCAAAUUGAUGAUUCCGAGGAUACCCAGAUCCUUGAUCUUCUCCCAAGUUGUUUGAACUUGGCUUUUGAUUCAGGUGGGGAUUAUGCACACCAGGUGUUUGAUAAAAUGCUUGAAUGUAAUUGGUCGAAGGAGUUGUUGAUGAAGAUGGUUUCGAUUGUGGGGGAGUUUGCAUUUCUUGAUAAGGUGAGGAGGAGAGAGUUUUUGGACAAAGUGUUUGUUGGGAUGAAGCGGGUGGACUUGCAGGACUUGCCUUCGCUUGUGUACCAGUUAUUGGUCUUGUCGGCCGCGUCAAAAGGGUUUAGCAAGAGAGAGGUGAUUGAAGGGAUUGUGAUGUUUUUUGGGUCGAAAAUGGGGUCAAAGAUGAGCUCCAUAUUUAGGCAAGUUGAAGGGACAGUGUUGCUCCAUGUGAAUUUCUCAGUGAAGCAGGAUCUGUCUUUGGGGCAGGAGGUAAUGGGGCUUGUAAGGUCAGAUUUUCGAGCUUUUAAUCAUUUCACGGUAGCCAUUUUGUUGUCAGUCGCAAGGGUUCGGAGGUUCAGUGAGAGUUCAUUAGGGAUUUUGAAGACGGCAGUGCUUACUGCGUAUCGUGAUUACAAGUUUGCCAAAGACUGUAAGUGGCUUUCAGAUGAUUUGAAGGAAGAAUAUCUGGAGAAUGUCAAAUUAGUAGAGAAGGCUGUGUUAAGAGCUGUAAAUGAGAGCAGCUAUGGAAGAGAGCAUAUUGUGCCCAGCAUUGUGCAGUUUGGUUUUGUAUUGCUAGAGUCAGUAGAAGAGAGAAGCAGUAAAGAGCUGUGGAAUUCUAGCGGUCUAUUGGGCAUUGAGGACCUUGGUAUUCAGAUGCUGAAAGUUCUAUUUGAGGUCCAUGAUAUGGCAAGGAAUGAGAUUAUUGAGCAAUGCAAAUUUCGCAUACUCUCUUUGAAGCCUGAACAGAGCAUGCCAAUUAUAAGGCUUCUCAGUAAUCUUAUUCAGACUUAUCCUUAUCCCAUGUUGGAACAUGUUUCCCGUUUGAAGGAAUUGUUGGAUUAUUUCACUUUCAUGCAUGGCAAUGUUGCUGCUUAUCUUGUCACUGCUCUAUUGCCUCUCAUCAAGUUCAGCCGCGAUCUUCAGGAUUACACCAUUCUGGUACUGCGUAAGGCGAUGUUUAGACGAGAAGAUACAGUUCGUAUUGCAGCAACUACUAGCAUUAUUGAUCUUAUUUUGGCAGAAAAACAAUCUAAGAGAGAUGGUCCAUUUUCUUUUCAAGAGUCUUCUAGCCAAGCCAGUUCCAGCCAGCAAGCUGAGAUACCCUGUGGCCCGGGGGAAGGUCUCUUUCAAGAGCUGAGUGGUUUGCUGCAGAGAUGUCUUUAUCAGCAGGCAAAAGUCAAAGAAGUGAUGUAUCAUGGGCUUGUGAGGGUAAUCUUAAUGGACCCCUCAAGUGCAGGUGCUAUCUUUGAUUUUUUGUUGCCGCACUUCCUUCGUUAUUUCAGGGAGGAUGCCGAAGUUCAACUUGAAAUUAGAAAUUGUGUUAGAGUAGAGCGCGGCAAGGUCUUAAUCGAAGAGCCUCUUGAUUGUCUCCUAUCUUGUGUCUCUUGGAUUCUCAUUCUUCAGUCACAUGGCCAAACUGAUAGAGUUUCUGAUUCUUCAUGGGCAAAUUUGGGCUUUUCUCUUUCACAAGAGAAUGAGGUAGGAAGGAAUUUGUCUGGUGAGUCAUUCUCCAGUGCCUUCUUGAAGAUUCGAAAGUUUCUAAGAAACCAAAAUCUGGAAGGCAUUCUUGGUCAAGCUCAGGAUGCAGGCUCUAAACCUCUUGAAGAAGAGAAAAGUACAUGUGCUUUAAUUUUAUCAGGACUAAUUGAAGUGUUGUUGAAUGCUAUUGCUACUGAGUUAGAGAAAGCAACGGAUAUAAAGAAGGUGGAUCUUGAAAAGGAGAUUACUGAGUUUGUUGACCUUCAUGAUUCGUUGGAUAAGGAUACAUGUACAUCAAGACAAAAUAAUGGCAUCAGAAGAGGGAAUCUACGAACUGCUACUCAAGAUAUACCCAACAAUAUAGAUUCAGGCCACAUAAAAUUUACCCAAGGCCGAAUUCCAUUUUUGGCAACUUCAAGCAUCUAUCAGCUAUUGCAAACAGCACUAAAACUAUACAAUACUGAUUGUUCUAACACUGUUGGAGCUUCCCAAAAUCGUAGCCAGUUGUCCAUGGGCAAUUCAUCAAAAUGCUGCUCUAAGAUUAUUUCUUUUGCCUUAAAUGCCUUUCUUCGUCAUUUAAAGUCUUUUUCUAUUACUGGAACUGAAAAUUCAUUGAAGACUUUGAUCUAUGGGGACAUUAAGAUGCUUGGGCCACAAUUGCUGAAAUUGAUUUUUUUGCUCAAGUCUGUGCCAAAGUUUGCGACUGAUCAAAAGAAAAAAGAAGCUAAGGGGGAAAAAAAUGAUGAAGAUCGAAGGGAGAAUCUCCAUCUAGCCUUAAUCUGCAUCAAGGAACUGAUAAUGGUUAGUUUAUGGAGCUCAAACCUGACUGGUUUGCUUGAAGAGAUGGUGUCAGUUUCCCCUCUCGAGUGCCCUGGUUCAGAUGAUGAUUGUGAAGCAGCCACUAGGAUUGAAGAUCAACAGAUAAGAAGCAAAGAAUUAUUUAUUAGGAAAAUCUUGAUGCCGUUGUUCUCUGAAUGUCUUGCACUUUCAUAUUUUGGUGAAGUUGAGAUUAUCUGUGAUAUGAUAUUGAUGAUUGGGAACAAAUUGCCAUAUAAGUGGAAGAACAUUCAUGGUGCUUGGGCUGUUCGUGUUGGCAAAUGCAAUCACAUAACGAAUUCCAAAGUAGUGAAAGGCAUUGUUACGGUUGCUCUUUCUUUAAGCUUGCCUCCAAAUGAUUUAAUUGUGGCUCAAGACAUGGCCUCAGAGCUGUUAAAAGUCACUGGAUCAGAGACGAUUGACCCAAUAGAGAUGUCUGAAUCAUACCCCGUGAUAAACCAUUCAACAAGUGCUGCAAUAAAUUCUUGUAUUCUGCAAUUGAUUGAAGCAAUUCUUGUUGAUAUGGAUUGGACCACAAAAAAACUGAAGAUUUUCUCUUUGGUCACUCAAAGAAGCAUUAACCUUAAUAAAAGUGGAGAACAUGCUCCUGGAUUGGCAUUUGAGGAAAAUCUUUACACAAGGGCUGAGGCUGUGGUGAAAGUAUUAUCUUUCUUUGUUCUGAUGAACCUCAGAGAACCUCAAGCAGAGCAUUUGCUAAGACUGGCUGCAAAGUUCUAUAAACAUUUAGCUCAGAUGUCAAAGCUGAGGAUUGCUCCUAAAGGUUGCAAGCAGCUUCUUCCUAGCCUCAAAUUUGAGAAGCUUGUGGAACUAACUUGCAGGCAGCUCACGGUUCCUCUGUAUAACUUUGUGAUGCUGGUGCAAAAGAAACAACAAGAAAAUGCUAUUAGUAAAGGGAUCAUCAAAAAAAUUAAGAGGGAGAACAGAUGCAUACCGGACCUGAUCUUUCAGAUAGAAGAUUAUGAAAAGUAUCUCAUCCAGCUUAGCAAGGUGAGCAAGGUCAAUUUAUUGAGGCAUGCGAAACGUAGCACUUCUCGGGAUUUCAAAAUUGUAGACCCCAACGAAAUGACCAGGGAAGAAGAUGCUCCAAACCAUAAUGAUCCCACUGCAGUUGAAAACGAAUCAUGUGAUGAUUCUGAAGACAAUGAAGGAAAUGGAUCAGAGAAAAUAUUAUCACCCAACUCUUGUAGUCCUUUGGCUGCAAAGGAUUCUGGCUCUGAUGGUGAAGAUGGUGAUGCUCUUCCCAAUGCCAAAAGGGUGAAGAGGGGGAGAGUAGUGCAGGACUCUGAUGAUGAAACAUAGAAGUUUUGAACAAAUUAAGCAGGUUAAUAUCUUAUGGAGGGAAUUGAGAGUAGUUGUAUAUAUUAAAUUUGGUGCUCCUUAUUGACAUGAGUUUAAGCUAUGGCACAAUUGUGAAUGAGAAAUGGUAAAAAAUGAAAAGUGGGGGAAAAAAAGGAAUAGUGAUUGUCUGUCAUUCCAGAGUCCGUGACUCUGCUUGUUCAGCAAUUUGAUUUUGAAGAGUUA